AUGGCGCUGCACUUGCCGUCCCACGCUCUCACUGCGCGCUUGUCGGGAUUCACGGAGGCGCGUUUGUUCGGUCUACGUGUGACGUGUAUAUCCCCUGCGCGCACAGCUGCGCACUUUCUGACUCUCGCCUCUCCGCCUUGCGCGCAGCCCGCAUGUGCGCCAAUCGCGGGUCCUCGUGCGCAAGCGGGCACGGCGCAGGCGGAUGCUGGGCGGGCGGAUUCGGCGACAGGCGCAGCGCAAGGCGCAGUGGCGGGCGCAGCAGCAGGCGCAGUCCGCGCUGCAGCAGGCGACGGUGACAGAGGCGCGAGAGAGGCGGCAUGGGCGCAAGAAGGACGGGCGGCGGCGCGGGGAGGAAGGGCGGCCCCGGAGUCGGAAUCGAGCUUGGAGCCCGGCAGCGUUGACGGCUUCCACUCGCUGGGGCUGCCGGCGGGUGUGACGGAGCGCGUGGCGUCGUUAGGGCUGCUCGAGCCCACCGACAUCCAACGACGCGCCGUGCCCGCGCUCAUGCAAGGCACGGACGCGGUGCUGCAGUCGUUCACGGGGUCGGGCAAGACGCUCGCCUAUCUGCUGCCCAUCCUCGCCUCCGUGGGCCCUCUCAGCCGCCCCCCUGGCCACGCCGACACCACUGGGGCUGCUGGGGCCGGGGGAGGGGAGGGGGAUGGGGACGGCAAGGGCAAGAGAGGCAAGAAGGGGCGCGCAGGCGGAGGGGGAGGGGGCGGGGGAGGUGGGGUGGAGGCGGUGGUGGUGGCGCCGUCACGGGAGCUGGCGAUGCAGAUCGUGAGAGAGGCGGAACGCGUGCUGGGGGAGAAGCAUAAGGUGGGGGGAAAGGGGGGGGGGGGGGAAGGGGUGAGGAGCAUAAGGUGGGGGGAAAGGGGGGGGGGGGAAAGGGGUGAGGAGCAUAAGCGAUGUGUGCAGCAGCUAAUCGGCGGGGCGAACCCUCCUCCUCACGCUUUUCCCCCUCACCCCACCCCACCACCCCUCGCCCCCUCGCCGCCUGUCCCUGGCUCCGUAACAGCGCUGUGUGCAGCAGGCGAACCCCCACCGGCAGGAGGAGGCUGUUGCCACAGUGGUGGGCACACCCGCUGUGUGCAGCAGCUGAUUGGAGGGGCGAACCCCCAUCGGCAGGAGGAGGCGUUGAAGAAGUACCGGCCGGCCAUCGUGGUGGGCACGCCGGGGCGCAUCGCUGAGAGCAGCCGGGCCGGGCGGCUGUCAACCCACUCGUGCCGGUGGCUGGUGCUGGACGAGGCGGACAUGCUGCUCUCGCACCGCUUCCGGAUGGACAUGUUGAGGAUUCUGGACCACGUGGGACGGCGAAAGUCCCUUCACCACCCUGCACCUAGCACCACCACUGCCAUGGCAGCAGCAGGCAGCAGGGCGGAGAGGCAGCUGGUGAUGGUGUCAGCCACGGUGCCCCGGCCCGUGCUGGAGGCCGCCUGCAAGUGGGGCAACCACCCGACGCUCGUCCAGCAGCAUGCCGUGCAGCCCAUCGACCCCCGCUCUGCUGCUGCUGCUGCUGCUGCUGCUGCUGCUGCCAGCGUGGCAGGCAGUGAUUUGCUUCCUGUUCCGGCUGCCACAGCAUCAGCAGCGCACGGAGCGCUCGUGAUUCCACCGCCUGCAGCAGUGCUGGCAGGAGGGGUGGCAGGAGGGCUGCUGGCGUCGCUAGGAGGCGGUGAGGAGGGGCCGCUGGUGGCUCUGAGGGGCAGCCUGCCGCCCAACCUCGAGCACUGCUACAUAGUGGUGAACAGGCGGCACCACGUGGACAUCGUGAGGCGCUGCGUGCAUGCAUUGGAGGCGCGGUCAGCCAUGGUGUUUAUGAACUUUGGGCGGCGCCUGGUGGACGUGCAGCACAAGCUGGAGGCCAGAGGGCUGUCUGCUGCUGCGCUGCAUGGCACCAUCUCCAAGCUCGCCCGCACCAACAUCAUGUCCUCCUUCAGGGACGGCGGGGUGCGAGUGCUGCUGGCAACAGAGGUGGGUGCACGUGGGCUGGACGUCGUUGCCUGCGACCUCGUGGUCAACCUUGAGCUGCCCGCCUCGCCCGCCCACUACGCGCACCGCGCCGGCCGCACGGGGCGGCUGGGGCGGCGGGGCGUGGUGGUGUCGGUGUGUGAGGAGCGCGAGGAGUUUGUGGUGCUGCGCGUGGCGCGCGAGCUGGGUGUGAAGAUGGCGCGCAUGGAGGUUGUUGAGGGCAGCCUCGUGCCGUAUGAGGGGCGCAUGAAGUACUGA